GCAGGCUGGAAGCGCUGAUCUCUGACCUUGCAGGUGGAGGUCUAGGAAGGGAGACCCGGCUGGCAGGAAUCGGGGCUGCGCUGGGAGGGGCGCGCGGGCAGGGGCCGUCUACUAUUAGGUGACCUAGCGCUGCGGGGUAGGGCGGACACGGUGGCCGCCCCGGUCUGGGUCCCAGCUCUGCUUGAGGGUGGGAGUAGGAAGAGUAGUUUGGAGCCAUAGCUUUACACUCGGAGAAGCUUCAUGUAGCGGAGGGGGCUUGGUGACUACAUCGGCCUCAGGUCGAAACCAUGUAACUACUAUCUGUAACCUCUCGGAGCCUUCGUUUCCUCUUCAGUAAAAUGGGGUAAUGACUGAUAAACUGGACCUUUUACAGGAUACCCAAAAAAGGAUUAAUGAAUGUGAAAAUGCCUGACAAGUGGGAAGUGUUCUGUAAAUACUAGUUAUCAGCUAUUACAAUUUCUUUUUUUGACAGAUAAUACUUUUUAGGUUCCUCUUAGGCCUAAAGUUUUUGCGUUAAAUGUCAUUUUGAUUUUUGUCAAUUAUAAAUCAUUCCUGCCUUAAAAAUCAGUGUUAAAUUGGCAAACCAAAAAAUGGGCUUGCCUUGACCAUUUUUUUGUUUGUGUUUUGUCAUCAGCAGUAAAGCAGAUUUGUGUGUUUUGGAAUAGUUUUGUUGCUUCUCCCUCUGAAUGUGUGAGAUUUGUUUGGUUCUAUCACUGUGGAACUAGGUAAAGGCUCCUCUUAACUAUUCAGUCACUGGUUUUUUGGUUUUACUUUCGCAAACAGAUGUCCUUCAUAAUACCUAUGAAGGACAUCUCUGGAGAAAGGGCUGUUGUUUGUUUGUUUUGUUUAUUUGAUGAUUCGUUUUAGCUGGAAGGGAGCCCCGGGGGCGCUCUGUUAAACCAGCAUUACCCAGUGGACAGUGCUAGAAACCGUUUCUAGCCUCUCCAUGUGACAGACAGACAGCUUCUCAGGUAGUAACUGUUGUGAUCACUCUCUCAACGAGCAUUUGGUAAGCUUUCACUGUUGUGUUUCCCGAGAGAAGCCUUUGAGCAGCAAGACACUGUAAAAGGUCAUGAAACGGGUGCGCACCGAGCAGAUUCAGAUGGCCGUGUCCUGCUACCUCAAACGCCGGCAGUACGGGGACGCGGACGGCCCACUGAAGCAAGGCCUGCGGCUGUCACAGAGCGCCGAGGAGAUGGCCACCAGCCUCGCAGUCCAAUCAGAAUCUGGUUGUGCCAACAUAGUGUCUGCGGCCCCUUGCCAGGCAGAGCCCCAGCAAUAUGAAGUGCAGUUCGGACGGCUGCGGAAUUUCCUCACCGAUUCUGAAUCCCAGCACAGCCAUGAAGUGAUGCCUCUCCUCUACCCCCUCUUUGUCUACCUCCACCUCAACCUGGUCCAGAGCAGUCCCAAGAGCACAGUGGAAAGCUUUUACAGCCGCUUCCAUGGAAUGUUUCUGCAGAAUGCCAGCCAGAAGGACGUCAUCGAGCAGCUGCAGACCACCCAGACCAUCCAGGACAUCCUGUCUAACUUCCGGCUGCGGGCCUUCCUGGACAACAAGUACGUGGUCCGCCUGCAGGAAGACAGCUACAACUACCUUCUCCGCUACCUCCAGAGUGACAAUAACACCGCGCUGUGCAGAGUCCUCACCUGGCACAUCCACCUGGAUGUGCAGCCCGCCAAGAGGACGGACUACCAGCUCUACGCCAGCGGCGGCCCCUCCCGGGGCGAGGGCGGCGGCCUGGAGCCUGCCGACGUGCCCGCGCCCAUCCUGCAGAACGAGGCCGCGCUGGAGGUCCUGCAGGAGAGCAUUAAGCGUGUCAAGGACGGCCCCCCCUCUCUCACCACCAUCUGCUUCUACGCCUUCUACAACACGGAGCAGCUGCUGAACACGGCGGAGGUCUCCCCGGACAGCAAGCUGCUCGCCGCUGGCUUUGACAACUCCUGUAUAAAACUGUGGAGUCUGCGCUCCAAGAAGUUAAAAUCCGAACCGCAUCAAGUAGACGUGUCCCGCAUCCACUUGGCUUGUGAUAUCUUGGAGAAGGAGGACGACGAGGACGAUAACGCAGGCACGGAGAUGAAGGUCCUGCGGGGACACUGCGGGCCAGUGUACAGCACCAGGUUCCUUGCGGACAGCUCAGGGCUGCUCUCCUGCUCUGAGGACAUGUCCAUCAGGUACUGGGACCUCGGCAGCUUCACCAACACCGUGCUGUACCAGGGCCACGCCUACCCCGUGUGGGACCUGGACAUCAGCCCGCACAGCCUGUACUUCGCCAGUGGGUCCCACGACCGCACGGCCAGGCUGUGGUCGUUUGAUCGGACGCACCCGCUACGCAUCUACGCCGGGCACCUGGCAGACGUGGACUGCGUCAAGUUCCACCCCAAUUCCAACUACUUAGCCACGGGCUCGACCGACAAGACGGUCCGGCUGUGGAGCACCCAGCAGGGGAACUCGGUGAGGCUCUUCACGGGCCACCGCGGCCCCGUGCUCUCUCUGGCCUUUUCCCCCAACGGUAAGUACUUGGCAUCGGCGGGCGAGGACCAGCGGCUGAAGCUGUGGGACUUGGCGUCCGGGACCCUCUACAAAGAGCUUCGGGGCCACACGGACAACAUCACCAGCCUCACCUUCAGCCCGGACAGCAGCCUGAUCGCGUCGGCGUCCAUGGACAACUCGGUGCGCAUCUGGGACAUCAGGAGCGCGCACUGCAGCGCACCCGCUGACGGCUCGUCCAGCGAGCUCGUGGGCGUCUACACCGGCCAGAUGAGCAACGUGCUGAGCGUGCAGUUCAUGGCCUGCAACCUCCUGCUGGUGACCGGAAUCACACAAGAAAAUCAGGAACAUUGAUUUUUAUCUUUGAUGUAACGGACUGGGGCGUGCGAAGGGCUCCAGACGACAAGUCUUAGGACAGACGUAUGAAAUCACUGACUGACUGUGAAGGACUCCCCGCGUCCCCACGCAUCCCCCCUCGCGCCCCCUCAUCCCGCGGACAUCCCGAGCCGGCCACCCUUUGCUCAGCCCCCAAGUGUGGAGGGACGGGGGGAGGAAGGGCGGUGACGGGGAACGAACGUGAGAUCAAGAAUCACGGAGAUCCCGCGGUGUCCCCCUGCCGGCCCCUUCCUGUCUCUGGAGCCAAGAUGCCCUCACCUCGCCGGGGCUGCACUUGGCCAGAGGAGGUUUGCUGGGCACCCUCCCCAGGAGCAGUGCUGCAGGGUCACUGGGUGGAAGGGACUCUAUCUGGGUAGAAUUCGGGGGCGGGAACGAGGAAAGGGGGCGGGGUCAUCCUGGCAAAUGUCUUUCCUUUUUCGUGAUUGCAGAGAACCAGGAUUUUUUAUUAUUAUUAUAAUUAUUAUUAUUAAUGCGAAGAGGAAACCUAGCACUGGCGGAGGGGCCUUCUCUGCUCUCAUCUUUCAGGUUUUACUCCUGGCACUGGCUGUGAUACUUGGAAUUUUGAGGUUCAGGGAAUUCAGAGAAUUUGGUCGUACAGUGUAUUGGGCGAAAGGGAAAAUUUCUGGGUGACAGAUUGAUCACUCCAGCUGACAUGUUUCUAGAAGUGGGUGGGUGGAUUUGAUUGAGAAAGUCUUGGGCUCUUGCAGUGAUGGUGGGAUAGAUUCUUUUCGUGGCUGCACUUCUAUUAACAGUUCUCUCCCCUGAAAGGACAGAUUGUGGUAAAGAAAUGAAAAUAAUUGGAAGUGAGAAGUCAAAAGAUAGAAUUAGAAAAUGUUGAAUUUCCGAAUGAUUCUGAGGUGUGGCUCUUCCAGCGUCUUUUCCCCCUGAGAUCAUCCCUCCCACCUCCUGCUUUGCAAUAGCAGUUUAAUGAACAGUCUGUGAAACAAAUCUUAAGUACGAACACACACGUCGAAAACUACGCUCUGAGGAUAAAGCAAAUUCUAAUUUGUGGAAAAAGGAUUAAAUAUUUCUGUUUUCUGAAAAGAGUUAUUUUGUAUUUUGUUUUCUAUUAAAAUGUAUUUAGUUUCA